AUGCAUAUUGUCUCUGAAUGCCUGGGGAAUGUAAUGCAAGUGCGCGUUGGUCCAGUUGCUGGGAGUCUCGUCAUUGCUGCUGGCAACAAUAACUCCAUCCCCAUUACACCAAGACUGGCCUCUCAAUGUGGAUUUAGUAUGAAGGAGGACAUCCAUGGGACUGUCAUGAUCUUUGCCUCUCUUCAAAAUUGCUUUGCCCAAAAUCAGGAGGAUGUAGCCUUUACUACAACACUCAAUAUUGACCUGCACAGGGAUCACGCUACACUUGAGCAGUAUAAAGUAGCUGAAACGUGUCAGUAUGCUGCCUGGGCUACACGGGAAAUCCUCUGUGACCGCAACUACAUGGAGGUGUCAGUGAGACGGACAACUCAGGAUGCCUAUGCCCUUCCCGAACAGCCCAUCUAUGGAAACAAGCCCAGUGACCAAGCUGCUCAUGCAGAGACAUGGCAUAGUGAUCCAGGAAUGAGAAUCAAAUCCAUUGUAUUCCACUCUACUGUGCACCAAGAGGUGGCUAUGACGGUACAUGAUGCCCAAGAAAGGGGCUACGGCAUUGCCCUCACCCCUACUCGACUAGUUCUGCGAAGUCCUAGUGAAACGCAUGAAACUUACUUUGAGGAUGUGGCAGGAGUGCCUAUGACUGUUCUGAGAACCUCUACUUUCUUUCAAAAGAAGUGGUCGGUUACCCAAAUUGAUGCACAGGCUGCUUGUCCAACACCAAAUGGUGGCGUUUACUUCACACCAAACAUGAUUACCUGGUACAUGCCAACUUUCAUCGACCCACUGAUCUCCUCAAAGAAAUUUAACCUGGUCGAGGUGCACAUGGGCAUUGAUGGCAGGAGACUUGAUGCUGCUCAGAUGGCUUCCAGACAGUACUCGAUGUCUGUCGGUGACAUAUACAUCACUAUUACAAUUCCAGUAGGAGCAGUUGGUGGCUACUUUAAGAGCUAUGUGUUAAAUGGUCAGUACUUCACCACCUACACCAUAGAGCCAAUGCUUGAGUUGGUAUGGACUGAAGGCUUGACUAAUGAGGACACAAGAUACAAAGUUCUUUUCCCCAUCACAACCCCAAUGGUGGAUGGGCCCAUACAAGUUAUUGACAACACGAUUCCUGAGGAAAAGAUUUUUAAGCUUUCACUUGGUCCAAUGAACCCUGAUGUGGUUCUUCUGAAUAUUACCUUCUCCAAUGUGGUGCUGUCUGUGCAUGACUUGCAAGCCAGAGGCUUUAACAUUCAGCAGCAUGACACCAAUAAUGGCUUAAAAAUCAUCACAUUUAAAGUGCCCUUCAAGGACUCAGUUGUCCAGCAAAUGGGAUACGAGCGCACUACUGUCUACGUGCUCCACUUCACCGUUGGUUUUGUGGUUGUGCCGGAGUUCUCUGUAUUUGCUCAAACUGCUUAUGUGGAGGCUGCAUUAGUGGACAUAGUUCCUCCAUCUGUCUCCGGUGACUGUGUUGAUGAGCGUUUCUUCCUCACUGUAAGAUAUGGAAGCCAAGGCUUCAACUUCCAAACCCUAAUUGGAAAUCGUAUGUUGACCUCAGCUCUGGCUGAGGAAUAUGGUGUGGUGGAGAACGGCACACACUUCAUCCUUUCAGUGCCUUAUACCUCCGUAGAUGCCGUGUUUGAGGGAGUUCACAGCUCUUCCAUCAGGGGCAGAAUUGACGUGGCUCUGAAGAAUCCCCUAACCAAUGAGACAAUUCAAGAUCUGUCACUGUCUUGCAGUUUUCCCACAAUACUAUCUGAAUGUCUCGCCAAUGGAACAAUGACUGCUCUGGCAGUGAAGUUGGAGUCUGUUCCAUAUCUGGACCCCAUGCAGUUGACCCUGAGAGACCAAACCUGUGGACCCACCAUUAGCAAUGACCGUUAUGCUUACUUCAUCUUCACCGGCAACUCCUGUGGAACCACCAGAAAGUUUCUGUCCAACGUCAUGGUGUAUGAGAAUGAAGUUUCCCUUCCAGAUGCCCUUGAACCAAAGGAUGAUUCCCCUGGUUAUGAGAUGAAAGUUUACUGUUACUACAAUGCUAAUUCUACACAAGCUGUGGCCUUCUUUGUGGACAAGCGCAAAAAUGAGCCCUACGUUGAAACUGGGAAAGGCAUGCUGCAAAUUGCACUGAGACUUGCUUUGGAUGGAUCCUACACUACCUUCCACAGAAAUGAGGACUACCCAAUAGCAAAGUACCUAAGGCAGCCUCUGUAUUUUGAGGUGGAACUGAAGUCUGCCAAUCCCCAAGUGGAGCUUGAACUAGAGAACUGCUGGGCAACACUCAGUGACCACAAAGACUCUUAUCCAAGAUGGAAUCUGAUCAUUAAUGGCUGUCCAAACCCAGUGGACCCCUACCCAGUGGUGUUCCAUCCUGUUUGGCCUGAUUCAAGAGUACAGUACCCUGCUCAUUUCAAGCGCUUUGAAGUCCACAUGUUUGCCUUUGCUACAGAUGAAGAUUUGAGUGGCCCGGUCUUUGUCCACUGUGAUGUGGUCAUCUGUGACUCCAAUAAUCAAAUGGGACUAUGCAACAGGCAGUGUUCAAACCAGGACGGCCCAUUAAAAGGUCAAAGACGGGCUGUUUCCAGUGAGCAGGACUUCAGAUACAUCUCAGCAGGACCCAUUGUACUACAGUAA